AUGGUCGCGUGGUGCGGUGACGUCCAUGGAAUGACACCGUAUCAAUUGGCCGGCCAAUUGGGCAAAACCAAAUUUUCUGCCUGUUUUAGGCGGUUCAGGAAAUCGUACCCUGACCGCUAUGACUACGUAAAGGCACGGAUUCCCUGCGGCCCCGACCCCCCGCCGACUACAAGUGUCAAGUCUUCGCCCUCCCAACGUUCUCGAACUAAACGAACUCAAGCAGAAGAGGCGUCUGCCGCCAACGCCCCCACACAGUCCGCGGUUGACCGGAAGCUGGCCGAUGAUUUAAAGUUUGCGGGACUUUCGAUGCGGGAAAAGUGCGCUCUCGCCGCGGAACGACGAAUUGCCGCCGCGCAAGGUGCCAAC